UUGAUUGUAUGAAACCCAGAAAUUUAGAAGUGAAAAUGUGUCUGUCUUGUUUCCAUGUUUAUGUAAACCUUAGGAAUGUGAAGACCUAAAGAAGGAAAAUAAGUAUCUAUCCAAUGAGAUCCACAUGGAGCGGAUUACGAUGCGGACAGAGAAUGAACUCACCAUGAGGAACCUGAGAAACCUUAACCAGGAGCUCCAGGCCCAGGUCAAAGAGCUGAAGCACAAGGUGUAUCUGGCCCAGCAGAGAGCGACGUUGUGCACCCGAGUGGCGGAAGAGGCGACCGAUGCGCGGGCUGAGGCAGAGAAGCACAGGGCCCUUGCAGAGGCCCGGGCCCACAGUCUAAGGCAGGACAGAGAACUGACAGAGGCAGACAGGAGCCAACUGAGCGAGGACUUGCUGAAGCUAAAAAAACAGCACCAAGACGCUCAGCUUCUUCUGGCACAAACGGAGAAGAACUAUUUUGAGACAAGGCUGAAGCUAGACAGGAUAUCAGGAGAGAAACAGGCUCUGCUGGAAGAGAACAGAUGUCUGGAGGGGGACAGGGAUGCUCUGAGGCACAAACUCAGACAAGUGAUGGAUGAGAACACAAAAGUCAACGAAAAGGAGGUGAGUUCGAGGCGCAGGGCGUUGGUAGCGGAGGAGCAGAGUGAGAAGGACAGCCAGGCGAAGCAGGAAGCUAACCAGGAGAGGCGGCUGGUGGAGAAGGAGAGGCAGGAGCGCACAACCGAGUGUCUCAACUGGAGGGAGAAACAUCAGGCUCUGGCAGACAUCUUCAAAGCCCAGGAGGACCUCAAGUCUCAGAGGCAGAGCAAAGCAUGCCAAGCUACUAUCAAAAGCUUUUUCCUCUGCAUGACAGAAAAUGACCAGAGGGUGAAGAUUCUGAAGAAUCAAGAUGGCACUCCCAGGAACUUCACAGAAGGGGAUCCAAUCUUCAUCUCCACACCAGAGCAUGGGGCUGAGGAUGCUGACAGGAGCUCAUCCAGGAGCAUGUUCAGAGUAUCUGCCCCGCGAGUGGGAAAGGACCUGGGCCAAUCUCACUUUGGUGAUCUGUCUCCCGGCCUGGGAGGGGAGCACGAGGCCGGGCAUCCACGGAGAAGCAGGAAAACAGUGGAAUAUUUCUGGAUCCCAACAGAUGAGGAAUGACGACAUUACGCACAUUGUUCACUGACGAGUUACAACCCAUUUCGGAAUAGCCGGUUUUGUUUGUUGAUGCUUUUCUAUUUACCAAGGGAAAAAUGGAAUGUGUCGUUUAAAUGUAAAGAAUAGGCAACUUUCAUGAUGCAAAAGAUGAAACGACAAUUAAUCAUGAUCAGCACGGGAAAGUGGAACGUGAACACCAUUUGUAAUAGUUUGAAUUAAAAAGUGCAAAGGACAACAAGUUUCAGUGCUCAAGUAUUGGACUUUAUUGACAGUUAUGCAAUAGGUGCACAAUAGUCAUUCCUUGAAUACAACAUGAUCAAAAUCUAUUGCUUUCUAAAUACACAUGGCUUGAGAGCACAUUGGCUAAUUUUGUUGGGCAAAGUUAAAAUUGUAUUUCUCAUGAUUUCAUUAAGACUUGAGUUACUGGUCUGUUGAGCAUUUUCUCCUGAUCUACAAGGGGACGACCGAAGCAAGAGUACUUUCUCUAGGUAAACCUUUAUUCACCAAAUAAAGACAGGAUAAAAUGUAUUUGGUUCCAAAUUUCUGGGUUGAGAAGCAAAUCAAAUAUAUCGUUCUACUUUCAUAAACUCAAUAUGCUGGGGAGAAUAUAUUCCUGAACCCCAA